AGUCAAACCAUUAGCGUCACUAUGCGCUUGGCUACUCAGCCGGUCACCAGAUAUUGAUACCUAGGUUCAACUAUACCUUUUCAGCUACAGGCGUCUUAUCAAGGCCAUUUUUAGCUUGUCCAAGGAUUGUGUUGCGCUUGAUAAUCACGAAACUACAGUAACACUUAAUGGAUCUAACGAGGUAAGUCAGGCGACCUCUUACACAAGUUACACGGUAAUGUUCCUCUAGUCGUACCUACGAUCAUGGUUCCAACGAUAAACUUGCCCCGUGUCUCGCUCAGCGGCUAUCGUAUCGGUUCCUUCCGACUUGAUCAUCACCCCUAUGCAGAGAUAUGUUAUGAGUUGUAUCGAAAAGGAUUUAUAUCAACAUAGAAGCAUGGGACUAGGUCAUCAUGAAACUACAUAUAUGAACCAGCCCCUUCAGUAUGGCAUAAACUUCCUUUCACAGCAUUCAUGAAAACUCAUGCACACUCAAUCCAAUGUCUUCAUUGCAAGCGCGGUCCCGCGAUCGCACUUCUCCAGUUAACUAUGCUCAUGGCACAGAUCAGUCUAGCAACAUGACUCGCUUAGCCGAUCUCACGCCGGAUUCACACGUGGAGUGCGGGGACACCCCAUUUCCUAGAACCGCUGCGUCGGUAAACCCAGCUCCAGGAACGGCGGACCCGAUCUUUAGCGGCCUAUACGCAUCGCCAGCCUCCAUGGCGUCAUCCGCGACUGCGAUAUCCUCAUCGGGACCAGAACACAUAAUCUCUGAAGACAUCUCACCUACGCCCAGCCAAGGAGACACACCGCUGCUAGGCUCGCCGAAUCUAGGAGAGCAGCCAGAGAUUUCUAGCUCGGGCCGAUUGCCAUUGAAGGAAUCACUUGGCCGCACCGGGUCCGUGACUAUCUUCGGCGGAUCGGCUCUCAUCCUAAUCAGCAUUGGCUUUCUCUCGCUCCUGUGGUUUGGCUAUGGCGAUGAGCCCGAAGGCGCUAAAGCCCCUUGGCUCUGGAGACGAAUUGCCGUCAACGAUUGGAUGACGAGAGCAAUCACUAUCUCGGCGCUAGUUCUGCGAUCCGUCGUCUCCAUCCAGGUGGCACUAUGCACAUCCAUGACCGCCGCGCUGGUGCUCGAGAAGCGGUCCGCCCGCAAAUCAGACGUCGCCUACCUCUCAAUCGCGCGUAGCACCAGCGAUGGACCGCGAAAAGUAGCUCAGCUACUAGUUACGUCGAGGUCCUGGUCCGUCCUAGCAUACGUCGAGCUAUGGCUGAUCUGUCUCCUGGCGUUAGUAUCGCUCGCCUUGCAGUUUUCCUCGACAUUGCUCCUCUCAGAUAUCCACGAUUUUGUCAUCGUUAGCAACGCGGAGGCCAGACCGGUCGCCAAUUUCGGCACAUUUGACGUCCUCCAAAGCGACGGCGUCCAAGCCCCCUUGCUGCAGAAUGACCCUAUAUAUGCCAUUUUCGGAGAAGAGCGGUCGAGCGCCGAUAUAACCCCGUCUGAAUCUGGCUUCAGCGAUACUGGCGUUAUACGGAGAGGCUUCUUGCCUUUCCAAGGGAGUAAGAACCGGACUUCGGUCCGCAAGUAUCAAGGGUCGACGUUAGUUACCAACUCCCACAUCGUUUGCGUUCCUCCUCUGAUCAAAGGUCGUUUUGUUCCCCGUGGAGAGGGCAUAGAGUGGCUUGGCGUUGGCCACAUGGUUGGAGCCCUUAACUAUAGCGGCAGCAUUCGGCAGGCUCGUGAAGGACUAGGGCCGCUGUGCGCCGGCCAUAAGUGUGAGUCUGUAGUUUUCGAGUGCAGUAUUCCAGGCAGCCCUGAUGCCUCUUCCCCACAAUCAAACUUUUGCUUUGUCGAAACCGUAGGGAACACUACGCGGGCCAUCGCGAAUCACUGGACCUAUGGACCGCUUUCGUAUUUGAACAUGGAGGCUGAGCCCUGGUCACCCAAUUCUACCAUGUAUCUUGUGUCCAAAUCAAAUGUGGCACCCGCCGGAUGGGAUCAUAUAGUCAACGCGCAACCUAUCCCAGCGCCAAGUAGGAAUGGAGAAUGGAGCACGUAUGAAAUCUCGAGCGGCCAGACCGUGGAUAUCUCAUUGUGCUUUACCCGGUUCUAUACCCAGGCGCGGUAUGUCGACAUGAUUGCCGAAGAGCCUACGCAUGAGCCGGUCGUGACGUGGAAUGGAGGGGGUGUCGAACACGACACUAGGAUGGCCUCUGCUUUUGUUGGCCUCGAGACUCCUAUCAAACCGCCUCGGGAAAGGGGACUGAUGGAUAUGAAUAUCUUAUCUUUGCCAGAUCCAGCCAUACCAGAUGGUAUAGGAACGUACGGACUGGCCUUUCCUGAAUUAAGCGCGAAUGUGAUACAAACAAUUCUUCUGGCAGUAGUAACGAACAGCUUCAUCCCUGGAUCGAUAUCAGGGUGUUUUUUCUGCCAGGACUACUCGUUUUCCAACUCCCAAGCGUUCAACUUAUUAUUCACCGAUACCAUCGAGUCUUCCGGGAGAGCCGCUGCCGCUCUCCAUACCUACUUUGCCAUUUGUGCAAUGACGAUAUACGAUACAUACCUGAGCGGGUUCAAUGUCACCGAGACCGUGCAACUAGCUACCACAAUUUCUAUCCGUACACCUGGGCCGUGUUCGAAAUAUCAAUGCACAGGUUUCAUCUCAGUCACGACACUGCUUGGCGUCCACCUAGUCAUCGUGAUGAUCAUUACCACAGUCUUCGUAGCCCAGGCGAGGUACUCGCGCUGUUCGAAUACAUGGCAUGCUGUGGCUCAACUUAUGGCAAGUGAAGAGCUAGCGGGUGUCCUCGAUCGGAGUAACAACGCUAAGGACGAUGUGAUUACUGAGAAUCUCCGGGCGGACAAUAAGGACGACUUCGUGAAACUUGGACGAACAAACGGAAGUAACCGAGUCCAAGUGCUCGGAGUGGCCGACAAGGCGAAGAAGAAGACGAGGAAGACGAAUGGUCAAUCAUGAAAUUGCCCUAUACAAACAGUGGACAGCAAAGUCAGUAGGAUGUUGAUUUGGGGAAGUUAGAAGUUGCCAUUUAGAUUCUAGAUCUUGGCUCUUGGCCGUUUUGUUUCGCCUCUAGACAUAUUUCAAGUUUUCUCGUUCUCAUGUUCUUCACUAAGACUAUCAAACAGUAGCAUUUAAUUCUCAGAACCGUCGAUAUCUUGGCAUGCAUAGUGCGUUGAUAGUGUCCAUCAUAUCAUACCCGUCG